CCACCACUUCCGGUUGCCUCUGUCAACCAAACGCGAAUAACACCGACGCGUGAUUGAACGAGGAUAAAGUUACUAAAAGUGAUUUUCGUGAACGGGAGCUGUAGGUGGAAAGAAACCAUGGGGAAACCGCUGGAAGGAACGAUAGAAAAAGUGUAUUUGCACAUUCCAAUCUUGAAAUUUGCGGUGGUUACCGUCUCGCUGCCAGCGCUUGCCCUCCUCUUCUGUUUCGUGACAGCAUAUCUGUUCCGUUUCGACGAUGUGAACGACACUCAGUGUAAUGUAACUAAUUUCAUCCCAUCUAUCAGUGCUGUGACAGGCAUCACCCCCCAGAGUUAUGUGUGGAGGAUAUGUGUUGCCCUUCACGCCACACCACGCUUUGCAGUGGCCAUUAUAUACUACAACUUGUACAAGAACCUCACCAACGUUGUCAGUAAAGAGUACCGUGGACUGUUCCUCAAAGUUAUAGGACUCAAUUACUGGCUGAACUUUAUAGAAAAUUCCACACUUGUCGGAGUAACGUAUAUCUCUAACAGGGACAACUACCCUGUGCACGAGAAGCUGUUUGUGGUGUUCAUGACGGCGUCACUGUGCUACAUGCUGUUGAACACCAUCAUAUUCAGGUUGACGCGGACAGCGGGGAAGUUUUCUGAAGAUGAGGAAAUCUCCUACAAGCUGAAGAAGAUCAUGUUUGUUCUUAACUUCCUUUCUACAAUGGGACUGCUGUACUUCUUUGCUCUUCAUCGGCUGUAUUGUGAGCCAACAGCAUUCAGCUACUUCUCGCUGUGUGAAUACAUCAUCGGCUACACCAACAUGGCCUACCACAUAUCAGCGUACUGGGACUUCAAAGGCAUGUCCAUCGUGGCCGGCACGCUGGGGAUACAGCACACUAACGGCACCGUCCUCAACAACAACAACAAGAAAAAGAGAUAGACUCGUCACAGCUACUUCCACACAAAUCAUUGUCACAGUUCCAUAUCAUAGUUCAUUUGUUGUAACUAUUUGACAUGAAAGUUCAUUUAUCAAUUAGAAUCGAUUUGCAGGAUUUUUGUUAUCCGUGCAUACCGUGCUCUAUCCAUGAAUCCUGACUUUAUGUAUUUUGGGGUAAUGUGGAACAUAAGCAUAUACUUACCUGAAAUAGGGAAAUAUUAUCUUUCUCUGGAACAUGAAUUUAGUAAAUAUUACAAAACAGAAAUAUUACAUUUGUAAAGUGCAAGCAAUUAGUAAAGACUUCAGGGUGUUUGGCGCUAAUGUUUACUGUUAAUUGUAUUUUGAUUUUGAUAUGGGGUAAGGCCAUAAUAAAUUAGUUCUGAGAUUUUUACCUCCGCCCACCUCACUACCACACUCCCCACCUCAAAUCUUUAUAUUGUGCAUGAGUACCUACGGCUGAAGACAUUCACCACUUUUUGUUCCAAAAAUUCAUGCUUCGUGUGAAAUUCAGCCGUCACCGGUAAUACAAACAGAUGUCUUGAACAACUGAAAAUACUUAUGCAUAUUUUUGAAAAUGAAAAUCUUGUAAUGAAUUUAUCGUGGCCUAAGAUCAAAAGUACUCAUUUUUUUGUAGGAAUCAAGUGGAUAGUUUCUUGUUAAUGAGCAUUAAAUCAUGACUUUAUCAUCUUCAGCUUUGUAAGCGGCUACGUUUGCAGUGGGAUUCGAAAGAUACCAUCCCAUGAAUCCUUGCUGUAGAACGAAUUAGUUGUCGAUUGUAGUUCACAUAAUGCUGUACACGCCACUAUUGUCAACAUUUUAAGUGAUGCUGUCAUCUUUGGCAUCCUUGCAACUUAUAAAGUGCUCAGGGCGCUUAUUAGAUCAACUACCACAUGACAUUUCCUACAGUUAUGGUAUUUGUGACAAUGUAUUUGGAUUGUUGUGAAAGUCAUUUUCUUUCGUUUGACACACAUACCAUUUGUUACUCAUUGUAAGAACUCAUCUGGUGUUAAACAUGCUACUUAGGUUGGUCCAUGACUCACUCCAGUAUCACCCAUUGAUCACAAUACAAUCAGUGUAUAUAUCAAUUAUUUAUGGCAUUUAUAUUCAGAUCCUAUUAACCAGCUUUUCUUCAUUCUUGACGCGGCCCACAAAUCAAAGAUAUGUACUGAUUUUUCUUGAGUAUAGUGCGCACCCAAGUUUAAUGUGCACCCCCUCUAGUGGAUUCAGUGUUUUGGAGAAAAAUAAAAUCGAAUAUUAUGCGCAGAAAAGAAAUUACACCGUUACCCUUCAGCGAAUUCCGGUAAACGAAUGAUAAGAAACUUGGUCAGUACAAAUUUGAAAUUUGAGAUAAAAUAUCACCAGACAUGUUGAUAUACCAUUUAAAUUGUAUUUUAUGUAAUGACUGAAAUUAUUGUAGGGAUGGUUAAAUUAAUUCACAUGUUAGUGGUAUUGUUCCAUAUCUUGAAUAACAGAAAUAUUAUAAUUAUUGCUACUUUCUUGUUCUAUUAUAGUCAUGUGUUUAAUAUUAUUGAAAUGUUGAAAUAUCGGUCAGUCUGAUGUGUUUAGAAGUCAAUCAUCAGUAUUGAAAUUCACAGCAAUAUGUUUCAUAUUCGAUAUUGUCCGAUAUAUUUUCAUGGUUGACCUUGAAGAUAUGCUUUCUGUAUAGAUAUAUAAUUGCAGCCACAAGUACUGCCAACACUCUCAUUUGAAUUUAGGAACAAUAGAGAAAAAGAGAAUGAAAGAAUAGACCAAGAAAGCUGCUUGUUGAGAAAUAAUGUUUAGAAUCCAUGGAAAUGAUAGCCAUGGCCAUUUGGGUAUUCACAACCCUGGUGAUGUAAGUCACAUACUCAGACACUUUUUCAGGGUAAAACUGAGGUAUUGGGUGUCUUAGGGCAACCUAACAAUUACUGGGGCCCCAGAUGAACUGUGUCAGAUUUAUGGAAAAGUGAGAAGAUUUGAUUUACCGUAUAAGACGUAAUAAGCGCUCCGCUCUAAUAAGCACCCACGGCAAUAUUUGCUAAUAUAUUGGCAAGUGAACAAUCCAAACUAGCACCCCUUCUGAUUGAUCAAUGUACACAAGACUUAUUUAUUCG